UUCGGCGCCUGCGGAUUGCAUUUCACCUUCCUUUCGUCUUUCUCCGCGUUAUUAUCGUAGAAGUAGAACCCUCCACGAACCAACCACACAUCGAAAGAAGCAAACAGCCUUUCUUGAAUGAAUUCCCGCUGGCUAUAUUAAAAUUGAAAUUGCAGCAGCCUUCCCAAAUUUCAAAUUAGGCCUUCAAUUCUUUUUUCGGAAAACUAUAAUUUAGUUUCUUUGUCGAAUCGAUUUUGAGAUAGAUUUAACCUAUCGAAAUCAGGAUCUCGAGUUUCGAGUUCGGAGGCGGCGAUGGAUCGGCAACACCGAGCUCCGGUCGCCAUUCACGGCGGUGGAGGAAGAGAAUUGGCUUCGAGUAGUUGGCUGGGAGGAUUUGGUGGUUGCAGCAGUGGCGGAGGAGGAGGAGGAGGACAGUUGGCUGGUUUUAGCCACGAAAGCGAGCAUGAUUUGUCUAUUAUGGUCAGAGAUUUCUUGGAGAAUGGUAGCAGUGGAAACGAAUCUUGGUGUAGCAGCGAGAGCGAUUCUGGUUCCUCCGAUCUCGCUUCUCUCGCCGAUAAGAUUUUGUUGUAUAAGCACUCAGUGGACCAGUACGAGAGUGAUCUUGUAACAGUGGUUCAAUCCUCAAUUCUCUCUAUUGAUGAGGCCAACCAUCAGUUCGACAAAUCCGACUCGUGUAGUGCUAGCUGCAUCAGGCUCUCCCUUGUAAAGCUCUUGCAAUCUUCUGGUUAUGAUGCAGCUAUAUGUGCAACCAAGUGGCAGGUUGUUGGCAAAAUUCCUGGAGGUGAUCAUGAGUUCAUUGAUGUGAUCAACCAUUGUGAAGACGGCUGCUCAGAACGUUACAUCAUUGACAUUGACUUUCGAAGCCACUUUGAAAUAGCAAGAGCCGUUCGAUCCUAUGAUGUGGUUUUGAGAGCUCUUCCACCGGUUUACGUGGGUUCCAUUUCCAAGCUCAAACAGCUCCUUCAAGCAAUGGUGGAAGCUUCAAGAUUGUCUCUCAAGCAGAACUCAAUGCCUCUUCCUCCCUGGCGGUCGCUUGCAUAUUUGCAAGCGAAAUGGGAAUCUACCUGCCAGAGAGUGGUUAGACCAUAUGAGCAAAGCACCAAACAAAUCUACUCUUCUGCUCAUCAGCAGUGUAGCGGGCUAUUAAGGAGGUUGAAAUCUGUAUGCGAUCAGAAUCAGAGCAGGAAUGCUGAGAAGAUCUCCAAAAACCGAUAGAAAGCAGAGGCUUGAGCUCAAAAGAUGGAGGAAUUCUUCGUUCAACGAUAGAUGCAGAGAUUUUGGUGGGAUGGUAUGAAAUUACCUUAUUAGAUAGCAGUUCAGAAGAUCAAAAUGCAAUUUUCUUCCUUUCAUUUGAUAUCUUAGAUAUAAUAUAGUAGCAAUACUAACAAUAUAGUCAUACCAAUAUAGCUGAUCAAAAAAAAAAAAA